UUUAUCGGAAUGGAAACGUGUUUUUGUUGUUUUGUUCUUGGCAACGUUGUUGGCUGUUGAUUCUUGCAGUCGGUUGCGUAUUAUUAGUUUAUGUUUCCAUUUGAAUAUUUCACCACAGUUUCCCUUUCCACAAGAAUAUUCAUCAUUACUAACAUUCUAUAAAUAUCAAAAUCUGUAGUUAAGCAUAAAGCUGGUAACAAAGUGGUUUAGUGAUUGUUGAAUUAUAAUAAUGAAUAAGUGGAAACAAGUAGCUAUUGAUACCUCUCAGCUUGAUCCAUCAGAAUUGGAGCAAUUUGGUGGAAUUGAAGAAUUGUCAGACUAUGAAAUUCUUCGUCCAGGUUCCAAAAAAUCGGAUCAAAAGGGGAAAAAACUGAAAAAGAAAAAGGGGAAAAAGUUUAAAUCUUCUGAAGAAAUUCCAUUGCAGAGUAUAAAAGCAAAGAAAUCCAAACUAGACAUGUCUGCUUGGAAUGGUUUAAAGAUCCCUAUUUCAGUUCUUUCAGCUAUGGAAGAGCUCAGGUUUACUCAACCAACAGAAAUUCAAUCUCAGAGUAUACCUGCCAUUUUGAAUAACAAAGAUGUCUUCGGUGCUGCUGAGACGGGUAGUGGAAAAACAUUAGCUUUUGGUUUACCAAUAAUAAAAAACAUCAUUUCUAUAAAAGAAAGCAAAAAAGAGCAAGGAAUCGAGGAUAAACAACUUUAUAGCUUAAUUUUGACUCCAACUCGAGAACUUGCUAUUCAGAUUAAAAAACAUUUGCAAGCAGUGUGCAAGUACACUGAUUUACUGAUAUCAUCUGUUGUUGGGGGAAUGGCUGCAGAGAAGCAAAAGAGGAUAUUAAAGAAGUGUCCAGACAUAAUUGUAGCUACUCCAGGAAGGCUAUGGGAAAUGUUACAAGAAGGAGAAAGGCAUAUUAACAAAAUACCUAAUGUUCGCUAUCUAGUCAUUGAUGAAGCUGACAGAAUGGCUGAGAAGGGUCAUUUUGCAGAAUUAACACAAAUUCUAGAAGUGAUAAAUGGGAACAAGGAAAACAAAAAAUUACACAAGUACGUUUUUUCUGCUACUCUUUCAAUGGAGAUUCCUGAUCUUAAAAUUAAAAAGAAAAAGCACAAAUUAAAGUCCAUGAUUAAAUUAAUUGGUUUAAAAGAUCCUGUUGUAAUUGAUCUUACUAAUAAGAAAGCAGUUGCUGGAACUUUGAUAGAAUCACAGUUAGUUUGCAAGAAUGAAGAAAAGGACGCCUAUCUCUAUUAUUUUUUAACCAUGUAUCCUGGUAGAACACUAGUAUUUUCUAAUAGUAUUGAUUGUGUUCGUCGCCUUAGGUCUGUCUUAGAAUACUUAAACUGUGAUCCGUUGCCUCUUCAUGCUUCUAUGCAUCAAAGGCAGAGGCUAAAAAAUCUAGAAAAAUUUGAAAAGAGCAAUACCGGAAUCUUGUUAGCCACAGAUGUUGCUGCAAGAGGCUUAGAUAUAAAAGAAAUCCAACAUGUCAUUCAUUAUCAAGUGCCACGUACUGCUGAGACUUAUGUUCACCGCAGUGGUAGAACAGCUCGAGCUAAAAAUGAAGGGCUCAGUUUGAUGAUGAUUGAACCUCAGGAAGCUGUUUUUUAUAAAAGGAUCUGUAAAACAUUAAACAAAGGACUCGAGCAAUAACAUGGUGGGGGGAUCCAAUGCUACAUCCACCAAAAAUUGCUGAAGGUGCAGGUAGCCUUUCAAAAUCUGGUAGUGUGGAAGUUGAGACUCCAAAUAUUGAAGAAGCAGGCUGCUCUUCAUUACCUGGUGAUACUUUCAGCCCAGUUAAUGAAGCAGGUGAAGAAAUUUCUUCAAUUGAUUCUACCCAAAAAAAAACUGUUGAUGUGGAACCCAACUUGGAGACAACAAGUGCAUCAAGUAAACAUAGAACUGUAUAUGAUCAAACUUGGUUGCAAAAAUUUCAAUGGCUGCAACAUUGCAAAACAGAUGGUAAAAUUCUAUUGUGUAAACUAUGCAUGAAACAAGAAAAAUUCUAGCUCUCCAUGGGUGGAGAAGGGUUGUGUAAGCAUCCGUUUAGAUAAAAUUAGAGGCCAUGAAAAGUGAUUGGCACAUCUUGAGGCAAUAGCCACUGAAACCGAUGCUAAGAGCAAUAAUUUAAUCGAUUCGACAACAAAUGAAGACACAAAAACUUUUAAGGUUGUGACUGCACCGAUGAAGUGCCUUAAUUUUUUAACUAAGUAUAACUUGCCACACAAUACUUUUUUUGAGCAUUUCAUAAACUUUUGCAUAGAUGAUCUGAACUGUACACUUUUAAAACCAUUAAAGAAAACAAAAAGUGCUGUAUACACCAGUUACACAGCUGUUAGAGUGCAUGCCCAGCGUUCAGGAAGAAGAAAUUCUAACUGAUAUUAACAGUAGCCCUUUCUUUUCUGUGGCUAUAGAUGGAACAUCUGACAUUAAUAAUAGAAACAUAUGGGUGUAGUAGUCAAAUACAGGAAAGAUGGAGAAGCAAAACACUCUUUUGUAAGAGAUUGUAGUCUACCAAAUCGAAAGGCAGACACAAUUUUAUCGGCCCUAUCCGAAGUUGUCAAUGGCUGUGGUUCCAUAAAUAAAAUGUCCACAUUCAUAAGUGACGGAGCCAGUGCUAUGGUAGGAAAAAAAGAGGAAGUAGUCACAAAAUUAAAAAAAGAGAACAACAAAAUAAUAUCUGUAAGUUGUAUGAACCACAGAUUGGCAUUGGCAACAAAGGAUAGCUUUGAGUGCCUUAAAAGGCUCGUUAAAGUGGACGAAAUUCUAAGUAGUACUUACAAGUAUUAUAAAAGCAGUUCAGCUAGAACGACUAGCUUGAAGAAUGCUCAAAAUGUAUUUAAUGUAGAGAAUAGAGGUACAACAAUUAAAAGAGUGGGUUUCACUAGAUGGUUAUCCCACAAUGAAGCAGUAAAUUCAGUUCGCAAGAACUAUGAAGCAAUAUUGGCUGAUUUAGAAAACGCUGCAGUGAAUGACUCUUCAAAACAGCUGUCCGGGCCAACUGCCAGCAGUUUACUGAAACAAUUUCAGAGUUAUGAUUUUUUUAAAGCAAUUCACUUCCUAUGUGAUGUGUUAUCAUCAGUCACACAUCUCAAUUUAAGCUUACAGCAAGAAAACAUAGACAUAGGAUUGAUAGAACCAAAAAUACAAAACACUUUAGCUGAAUUGGAGAGACUUAAAAAGAAACCCGGUGG